UAUCAAAUUCAGAUUAAAUUUUUUUAAAAAAAAUUUAAUUGAGAAAAUCUACAUAGAGUGACUUUUGUACUCGUGUGCCACACGCACACACACGUGUGUAUCACUGUAUGUGAGUGAGUAUAUACAUGCAAGUCUUCGUCUGCUGCUUCUUCGUCGUCUUCUUCUUCUUCUUCUUCCACAACUGAUGAAAUCAGCAGAGAGGGAGUCUCUUCCAUCAAUCAGCCAUCUGACUUAAACAGAGAGAGAUAAUACUGCUUGAGAUCGAAGCAAGCCAGCAACUACUUCUUGCAAUGCAAUGGGGGGUUACAAAAAAGGGCAGAAAUACAUAUGCAAGAUAUGCAGCAAAAGCUGUGCCAGUGGCAAGUCUUUGGGAGGCCACAUGAGAGUUCACUUAGCCCUAAUCUCAUCUUCCAAAUCUGCAUCAAAACACAACCACCAUCAUCAGCCAAAGAUCGCAAACGACAAUCAAAACAGCUGCUGCAAACUCGAAGAAUCAUCCAAGAACCAAUCCAACACCGCAGCAGAUGAAUCACUGAUCGUAGAACAGAACAACAACAACAACAGCUAUGAAUUGAGGGAGAAUCCCAAGAGAUCUUCCCGACUUCCCGACUCCUCGGUAAAUCCCCUUUCUUGUAAGCAAUGCGGCAAAGAAUUCUCCUCCCUGAAAGCCGUCUCCGGCCACAUGAGGAGCCACUCCCAUAAUCCUCCGGUGGUUGGAAACAGCCAUCUCCCGGGGAGCCACAAGUGCGCGAAAUGUGAUAAAGUGUUUGGGUCAGUAAGAGCUAUGUUUGGCCACAUGAAAUGCCACUCGAAAAAGAGUUCGUCCUCACUGUCAACAAUCAUCAGCACAGCUGCUGACCAUGACUUGCCGGAGUUCAACAAUUUGUGCCACAUUCGUCGUAAAAGAUCAAGAAUCAAGUAUAAGACUAGCCCGAAUCCUUGGCAAGACGACGAAGAAGAUGUGGCUGAGAGCUUGAUCAUGCUUUCGAAAGGUGUGAUGAGCUUCGGAUCGAAUCCAGAUUCAAAUGAGAACAAGAACUCUGCUGCUGCAGGGAGUGAUGUCUGUUGUGUCGAUGAUUAUCGAAGUUGUGACUGCUCCGAAUGAUCGAUGGAGGUAAGGGCAGAAGAGCCUCUUCUGGUUUUGAUAACAAGUGUUUGUUCUCUUCAUUAGAAUGAUCUGUUGAAGGAUCUAAUGGGAACUAAUUGAUCAGGUUCAAUGAGUUUUGUUUGCUUUUUUUGCCAUACUUACAAAUUCAUCGCUGUAGAAUGAAUAAAAUGUAUGUUUCUUUGAAUGUUAGUACAUACGCUUUUGCAUAUAUAUAUAUAUAUAU